ACUGAGACUGGCUUCCCAGAAGUCACACACUGGAAUUACCUUCCUGGAGCACGAGGAACGCCAGCUUUCUCCGCCAGACUCAUUGGACCUCCUGCCGCACUUGACUUAAUCACCUCAGGAAGAUGUAUUCUGGCAGGUGAAGCAUUCAAGCUGGGUAUUCUGGACAAAGUUGUGAACUCUGACCCACUUGAGAAAGCAAUCAAAUUUGCCCGGACAAUUUUAGAUCAACCUCUAGAAUGCCGCAGAAUCAUGAACAAGACAGUUCCAAACGUGCCCAACAUGGACGCCAUUUUCAGUGAAGUCUUCGCCAAGGUGCGGAAGCAGUACCCUGGCUACAUUGCCCCGGAGACUUGCAUCCGUGCAGUCCAGGCCUCCGUGAAGCAUCCCUAUGAAGUGGGCAUCAAGGAGGAGAAGGAGUUGGCUGUGUACCUUGUGGAGUCAGGGCAGGCUAGAGCCCUGCAGUAUGCUUUCUUUGCUGAAAGGAAUGCAAACAAGUGGUCAACGCCAUCUGGGGUGUCCUGGAAAACAGCCUCAGUGAGACCCAUCUCCUUGGUUGGGGUUCUUGGUAAGCACGUUGGGGAGUUCCUGGACUCUCCACAUCUGCACAUGGUCAGGGCUGCCAUUUAUUUAGUACCAUCAGGUGUCAAGUUCUGUGGUAAACAUAUUGCUGUAUUAGCUCCAUUAAUUCUCAUCCAAGUCCAUGAACUCUUCAUUUUAUGUGUGAGGACUGGUGAUGCACUACUCUUCUUUUCCCGAGAAUUUUGA